AGGAGCGUUAUAGAAAGACGCUUGGUGGCGUCCAUCUCCAGUACAUCCCCUUGUCUAAGAUUCCUGUAUAUAAGGUGGUAAAGAUGCCAAAAUGCCCAGAGAAGCGCAAACGUGCCACUCGAUGGCUGUCAAGCAUGCCUCGGUGCUUCGCAGCAAGGUUUUCACGCUCUCCAAACAGUGUGCAAGUCUUCUCCAAGCAGUCCAGGCAAAGGUAUCUACGGAUAAUGUCAUUCACGGACAAGCCACUAUCCACACGCAGAUCGCGAAGUAUGCAGCCAGCCUGAAGGAACUCACCCAUUCCGUCAUACCAUCGCCUUCAUUAAUCGUUCAUUCAGAAACAGCGCUUUGCGAGGUAUCUGACCAUUCAGAUACAGAAUCUCAUUCCAUUCGACAGCCUUCUUUUGCUGUCUCAAUUCCAUGCUUCAAAGAGCCGAUCGCACAAGGUUGUCAAGACGAGAAAGUAGACCAUCCAAGUGGCCUAUUCAUUGUUGCCCUCGCAUUCGGGGACGAUGCCGAUCUUAUCGCAUCAUGGCUUUACCAUCGUCUUUGCUCAGUUGUGCUAUCGUCAUCCCCUCACAUAGCUGGGAGCUCUCUGAACUCGGUGCCAAGUCCCAGUCUCAAAUGGAACACAUUUCUCAACUUGAAGACCAUCUGCAAACCGCUAAGGCCGCAGAGACGAAACUUCUUAAAGUUGCGAACAUCAUGCAAGAUAUGUCUUAACGCUAAGAAGACGGAAGAUGAAGUGUUCGAGGGUAUCGACGAGUUCGAACAGGAGGAACGAACGGAAGGAUGGUCUCCAGACUCGUAUGAUAAGUGUCGGCGUGGCGCCAAGCCAUCAUUCUACAACGCACAAUGUCAACCUACCAACGUCACAAGCUAACCGCAUUCGCUUACGGUGCACUUCUUGGUGCUUCGGUUUUGCUAAAUGUCCAGAUGCAUGGCUCACAUUGCAGACCCGGCUCCAUUCUAAAUGAUGCACGCGACUGCGCAGUGCACUCUCACGCGUGACAGAAAGAACUAGAAUGCAUGGGAGUCAUUUCGGUCUGAGACGUUGGAUACAGGGAGUGGUCAUGUUCUGGACCGCUUAUGGAUAUUCAGUUGGAAGGGAUUGAGUUCUUCUUUGUUUUGCUCUGUUUCCUCUAGAUACCUAGUUGAGCGCCAUGGAAUAUUGGUAGUAUAGUAUAUAAUUUGUUACUGAUAAUUCUACGUACAGCAACAUGCACAGCAACAUGCACUUAAUAUGCCCUCAUCGGGCAACACCGCCAUUCCAAGGGUGCCCAUAAAGGCGCCCGUCGACC